GAAGGGGGCGCCCGAGCGCGGCAAAAAAGGCGCCGCGAGCUGCUCCGGCCCCAGUGGCGGAGCGCUGCGGCCGCGCGGCCACGAGCAAUCGCCACACUGCUGCCGCCACCGCGCACUGCGCACAGCGCGAAGACCGGACGCGAGGCGGAGGGGACCCAGUGGCGGUGCCUCUGCGCUCCCGCGAUUCCGGCCAGACUCUGCCAACCCUCUGCGCCCGGUGCCCGCGCACCGCAGGCUCCCGAUGGCCCCCGACGCCGGUGCGCCCCCGCGCGCACUGCGCCCGCUGCCCUGGGCGGCGCUGCUGCUCCUGGCCUUGCUGCUCCCGGUCGCCGCCUCGGCGGGGGACCCAGUUGACCACCCACUGAAGCCAAGGCACGUGAAACUGCUGUCCACUAAAAUGGGCCUGAAAGUCACAUGGGACCCACCCAAAGAUGCUACCAGUAGACCUGUGGAGCAUUACAACAUUGCCUAUGGGAAGUCACUGAAAAGUCUUAAGUACAUCAAAGUGAAUGCGGAGACAUACUCUUUCCUUAUUGAGGAUGUGGAGCCGGGGGUAGUGUACUUUGUGCUGGUUACUGCAGAAAACCACAAUGGAAUGAGCCGUCCAGUUUACAGAGCUGAAAGUCCACCUGGAGGUGAAUGGAUCAAGAUUGAUGGUUUUCCCAUUAAGGGUCCAGAACCAUUUAAUGAAACCGUCACAGAAAAGGAAGUGCCCAACAAGCCCUUGCGUGUGCGCGUCCGGUCCUCAGACGACAGGCUGUCCAUUGCAUGGAAGGCACCACGCCUGUCAGGAGCCAAAAGUCCACGCAGAUCUCGGGGUUUUCUUCUGGGCUAUGGAGAGAAUGGUCGGAAGAUGAAUUACGUUCCACUGACAAGAGAUCAGCGCACCCAUGAAAUUAAAAAGCUGGCCUCGGAGUCAGUGUACGUGGUCUCUCUGCAGUCUAUGAAUUCCCACGGGCAGAGUCAGCCGGUCUACAGGGCAGCUCUUACAAAACGCAAGAUUUCAGAAGAGGAUGAACUGGAUGUACCUAAAGACAUCAGUGUCCGAGUUAUGUCAUCACAAUCUGUGCUUGUGGCCUGGGUGGAUCCUGCUGUGGAAAAACAAAAGAAAGUCGUUGCAUCAAGACAGUACACCGUGCGCUAUCGAGAGAAGGGGGAAUCAGCCAGGUGGGAUUACAAGCAGAUUGGGCACAGGCGUGUGAUGAUCGAGAACUUGAUGCCAGACACUGUGUAUGAAUUUGCAGUCCGUAUUUCACAGGGUGAAAGAGAUGGCAAAUGGAGUACAUCAGUCUUCCAGAGGACGCCAGAGUCUGCUCCUACCACAGCUCCUGAAAACCUGAAUGUCUGGCCAGUCAAUGGCAAACCGACAGUUGUCACUGUAUCUUGGGAUCCACUGCCAGAAACUGAAGGGAAAGUGAAAGAAUACAUUCUUUCAUAUGCCCCGGCUCUCAAACCGUUUGGAGCAAAGUCCCUCACCUACUCUGGACACACUACUUCUGCCCUCGUGGAUGGUCUGCAGCCUGGGGAACGCUAUCUGUUCAAAAUCCGGGCCGCAAACAGGAGAGGUCCAGGGCCACACUCCAAAGCCUUCGUUGUCGCAAUGCCAACAACCAGUACCAUUGAGCCUAAAGUUCAGCAGAACACAGAGGAUCGUUGGAAAUCUGAGAAACCAGAACCUUCCUCCCCUUCUCCCAAAGCUCCAGCUUCCUCAGAACAUACUCAUUUUCCUGAUUCUCUCCUGGGCAGAAAUGUCAAGGACCCUCUCCUUGACCUGAAGAACAAAAUACUGGCCAAUGGUGGGAUGCCUAGAAAACCCCAGCUUCAUCCCAAGAAGGCUGAGGAGUUAGAUGCUCAGUUUGUGGAAGUCACUGAUGAGGAGGAGCAGGAUUCCUUGGAGAAUCCACACACAGCAAACUCUGACGCUCAAGACCAGAGGCGAAUCUCGAGGCUACCAAGCAGAUCUGGCCACUGGAUCCCAGCCCCUGGCAAGCCUCCAUUGAGGGCCCGACCAGUGUUGCCCCCAAAAGAAGGCAUGGGUAGGCGUGUCCCCUCACGGAUUGCCAACCCUCGCCCAGGGGCAACUUCCUCUGAGGAGGCCUCUCCUGCCCACCAUGCAGCUACCCAGGGCCCUUCUCCACACUCAAAAGAAGGGCCCUCUGUCAGUUCCAUUGACAAUGACUCUGUGGACCAAGAUGAGGAGGAGCAAGCUACAACAUUCCCGCACUCCAAGGCCAUUGUUUCCCAGAAACUUCCUCCUAAGACUUCCUCUCAAUUCAGGCCAUCCCUGUCCUCCAGCAGUGAGGCGACCUCCAGUGACACAAGGUUCACACACCAUGGUGCAAAGCCAGCUUUGCCUGCAGGCAGAAGACCCCAUUCUGGAGCUAUGGAGAAGGAUUCCAGCACCCCUUCUCCAUCCUCGAGACUUUCUCCACCCCUCAGGGGGUCUUCUCGGCUGCUGCCCAUUCAGCCACACCCUGGCCCUCCACUCUCUAGAGGCUGGAAGGAUGGCCACUCCCAGACUGCCAACUCCCACACACCUUCAAAGUCUACUGUGUCUACCCCAGUCUCUUCUCACCUCUCUUCCAGGACACAGGUCUCUGAGGAAGGGGAUACUUCUGAUGGCAGAGACCACAGAGACAGGGAUUUGGAAGACCCUGGGAGGGAGACUGAGGCCACUGUCCACUCUCAAAGGGUCCGACCAGCCUCUGGACACAUCGGUUUGCUCAGAAACAGGCCCUUUGCUGCCAAUGGCAGGUUUCCAAAUAGAUUCUCCAAUGGCCGGGGUCCACGGGUGCAGCCCUCCAGCUCCCCCCAGUCCACUUCGGCCUCCCGAGUUCUCCCCAGGGUCCAUUCCCAGUCAACUCCCCAUCCUAGGCUUGGCUCAGGUAUUCAUGAAGACGGGGAGACUGAGAAGCCACUUCCUGCCACUGUGGUCAAUGACCACAGGACUUCCUCACCCAGGCAGCCCCUCUCUGGAGGCUGGGACUCUUCAAGGAGAAGCCCCCAAAAAGGGGCCAGCCUGUACAGGAAAGAGCCUGUCCCAGAGCACCCCAAAUCUGCUGGAACAGAUGUACAUCCUUUGGACAAAUCUCCUUCCCUGACCCCCAGGGCACAGGACGUUCAACAGGGUGCAGAUUUGGAGGUGGAGGAGCAUUUUCCCAAAACUCAGCUAGUGUCCACGGGACGCCAACUGUCCCCUCCCCGUCCUCCAGUGGCAAGGACUCAGCCCUAUCCUGGGAUCAAUGUACCAAGGAGGAUGGCACCUGGCCGCGUCCCACAAAAUCAGCCACUUGCACCUGUCUCCUCAUCCCAGCACCAGCAUUCGGGCAGCCCCCAGAGCCAGGAUGCUGAUAGGUCACUUUCACAGCCUAAACUUGCUCUGGCUCCAGCUGGGCGUCCUCGCCCCACGACACAGGGCAUCGCCCAAUCCUUGGACCCGUUAGCAGGGAGCUCAGGAGAGGUACUUCGCCCGGCUCGCCAGGGCCAGGACAAGGAUUCCCAGAGCAGAUACGAGGACAACAGUACAGAAGUUGAGGCCCCGGAUGUCCAAGACCCCAUGCACACCUCCCGCGCCAAGGAUGCCACCCCAUCCCUAUCAAAGUACCAUCAGGUCGCUUCUCCUGCAGGGACCGGCGAAGAGAGACCUCAGCGUGGCCAUGCAGGGGCGUCCCCGAGAUCUAGUAGGCCUGGCAAUUCCCAGCCUCGUACCCGGAUCCCAGGCAGGGCCGGGGUGCAGGCCACACCAGGAAAGCAAUCUGCUUAUAAGAGGCCUCUACCCUCCAAAUCUCUGCAGUCAGUCUCCACCGAGGAGGAGGAGGAGGACGCGGAAUUUUUAAAAGGAGGCAAAGAGGACCCUCUGUCUUCCUCUGUUCCAAAAUGGUCUUCUUCCUCCACCCCCAGGGGCAGUAAAUACCCAGAUGGGACCCUCACCAAGGACAGGACUGCCAUUGUACUGGCGCCCAGAGGAGAGAGUUCCGCGCAGGAAGAGAGCACCAACCAGGGGAAGCAAUCUCCCUAUGCACCUCCAGGCAGCCUCCCAAGAGCCUCACACCUCCCUACCCGACACCCUCCUCGAAGCCCCGCCACCCAAAGUUCCAUCCUGAGCACCUCUUCCUGGCCGCAGUAUACUACUCGCGCCCCUCCAAGUUACUACUCCACCACACCAAUGCUCUCCUUGCGACAGAGGAUGCAGCGCAGAUUUCGCAUUCCUGGCUCACGCCAGCCUGCAAAGCCCUCUUAUGCACAAGGUUAUAACGGCAGACCCAAUGUAGAAGGGAAAGUUCUUACUGGUAGUAAUGGGAAACCGAAUGGACAAAGGAUUAUCAAUGGCCCUCAAGGAACAAAGUGGGUUGUGGAUUUUGAUCGUGGGUUAGUGUUGAAUGCAGAAGGGAGGUACCUCCAAGAUUCACAUGGAAAUCCUCUCCGAGUGAAACUGGGAGGAGAUGGUCGUACCAUUGUGGAUCUGGGAGGAACACCUGUGAUCAGUCCUGAUGGUCUCCCCCUCUUUGGGCAGGGGCGUCAUGGCAAACCCCUGGCCAGUGCCCCAGAAAAGCCCAUCUUGAGCCUUGGAGGGAAACCUCUGGUGGGCCUGGAGGUCAUCAAAACAACCACCCUUCCCCCCACCACAACCAUGCGGUCCACCACAACUACGACAAUUGCGCCUACCACUACCACUCCUCGGCCCACAAGGGCCACCACCCGCCGCAUGACCAUCACCCGCCGCGUGACCACAACCACACGCCCAACAACCACAAUCCGAACUACUAUGCGGACAACUACCACCACCACCCCUGAACCCACCACCCCCAUUCCCACCUGUCCCCCUGGGAUGCUGGGACAUCUUGAUGAUGGUGGCAACCUGAUAAUGGGCUCUAAUGGCAUCCCAGAGUGCUACCCUGAAGAAGAUGAAUUCUCAGGCAUGGAGACAGACACAGCUAUACCCACAGAGGAGCCCUAUGUCAUCUAUGAUGAAGACUAUGAAUUUGAGAGCACAAGACCACCAACUACUACCAAGCCCACCACCACGCCCACCACCACGCCCACCACCACGCCCAUCACCACGCCCACCACCACUGCCGCUGCACUGGAGGUCAUCCCCGAGGAAGGCUCCAUCAGUUCUUUUCCUGAAGAAGAAUUUGAUAUGGCUGGGAAGAAACGAUUUGUUGCUCCUUAUGUAACAUACCUGAAUAAAGAUCCAUCAGCUCCAUGCUCUCUGACUGAUGCGCUGGACCACUUCCAAGUAGAUACCCUGGAUGAAAUCAUUCCGAAUGACUUGAGGAAAAGUGACCUGCCUCCUCAGCAUGUCCCACGGAACAUCACUGUGGUUGCUAUGGAAGGCUGCCACUCAUUUGUCAUUGUGGACUGGGACAAAGCCACCCCUGGGGAUGUGGUAACAGGGUACCUGGUCUAUAGUGCAUCCUAUGAAGACUUCAUCAGGAACAAGUGGUCCACUCAAGCUUCAACAGUAACACAUUUGCCCAUUGAGAACCUGAAGCCAAACACACGGUAUUACUUUAAAGUUCAAGCCAAAAAUCCUCAUGGCUAUGGACCUAUGAGCUCUUCAGUUUCAUUUGUCACAGAAUCAGACAAUCCUCUCCUUGUUGUGAGGCCUCCAGGUGGUGAGCCCAUCUGGAUCCCAUUUGCUUUCAAACAUGACCCUGGAUACACAGACUGCCAUGGCCGGCAAUAUGUGAAACGGACGUGGUAUAAAAAGUUUGUGGGAGUUGUUCUUUGUAAUUCUCUGAGGUACAAAAUCUACCUCAGUGACAACCUGAAAGAUACAUUCUACAGCAUUGGAGACAGCUGGGGGAGAGGUGAAGACCAUUGCCAAUUUGUAGAUUCUCAUCUUGAUGGGAGAACAGGGCCUCAGUCUUAUAUAGAAGGCCUCCCUAAGAUUCCAGGUUACUACCGCCAGUAUCGCCAAGAGCCUGUCAGCUUUGGUCACAUUGGUUUUGGCACCCCCUACUACUACGUGGGCUGGUAUGAGUGUGGAGUCUCCAUCCCAGGAAAGUGGUGACCACCGGACCAACCAUUGCACUGCAAGUUUGCCUGCUCAGCCUGAUCAACUGACUCACAAUAGGGGCUGUGAACAGGAGAGAAAUGGUACCCAAUUCCCACUGCAUCUGAGUGUCAGGAAGCCCACGUGAUAGACACUGAACAUUGUGGUCAUCCUCAGUCUGGAAUCCAGCCCCAUAUUUGGCAUGGAACAUGAACAGAAUGGGAAUCAGUCUUGCUAAAACUUCAAUUUUCACGUUCUUUGUACUAGCACAACCCAGGGACAUCAGAAGCCAGCAACUGUGCUAGUAUGACCUCCAGACAAUUAAGGCACAGUAUUCAGACACUCCAGAAUCUCCAGGGAACGACAUAUGCAUUAUGUGCUUGCUUCAUAGAAUGCUUUCUGUUUUUCUCAUUUUUAAUUCAUCCAAAACCAGCUGAAUUUAAGCUUCAGAUCUUUUUGUACGCAGAACUGAGUAAAAAAAAAUACACUUCCCAAGGAAAUAUAUCUUCUUAGAGAUGUAUUCUACGGACUCACACAAUGCUAGACUAAAUGCAUAAAAUCUUAUUUGUAAAUUCUCAACUUUGAUAUAUAUAUAUAUGUAUAUAGGCGUAUACAUAUCCACACUUGUCUGCAAGAACAUCGAUUAAAAAUGCUAAAUUUGUACUUGUUCACUAGAUAAA